UCUUCUGUAAUUUUCUUUGCAUAGGCAGGAAAGUGAAAGAAAAUGGCAAUGUCUACCACCACUCUUGCUCUCUCUUUCCUUUUCUCUACUCUCUUACUUCAAGCUCCACCCCUAGUUUUCCCCUUUCCGGCGGUUCAAGACCCCGAUCUCGUCGUACAAGAAGUUCAUACGAGAAUCAAUGCGUCGAGGAGGAACCUGGGAUACUUGUCUUGUGGCACCGGCAACCCAAUUGACGAUUGCUGGCGGUGCGAUCCGAAUUGGGAGAGCAACCGGCAGCGGCUGGCGGAUUGCGCCAUUGGGUUCGGGAAGAACGCGAUGGGCGGCAAGAACGGCAGGAUUUACGUGGUCACCGACUCCAGCGACGACGACCCGGUGAACCUCAGGCCCGGAACUCUCCGGCACGCGGUGAUCCAGGACGAGCCUCUGUGGAUCGUCUUCAAGCGGGACAUGGUGAUCCAGCUCAAGGAGGAGCUGCUGGUGAACUCGUUCAAGACCAUCGACGGCCGAGGGGCUAGCGUCCACAUCGCCGGCGGGCCGUGCAUCACAAUCCAUUACAAGAGCAACAUCAUCAUCCACGGCAUCCACAUUCAUGACUGUAAGCCCGGCAGGGGCGCCAUUAUACGGGACUCGCCGGAGCAUGCCGGGCAUUGGCUAGUGUCGGACGGCGACGGGGUGUCGAUCUUCGGCGGGACGCAUAUCUGGGUUGACCACUGCUCGCUGUCGAAUUGCCAGGACGGGCUGAUUGACGCCAUCCAUGGAUCCAACGCCAUCACCAUCUCCAACAAUUUCUUGACUCAUCAUGACAAGGUCAUGCUGUUGGGCCACAGCGAUUCAUACACUCAGGAUAAGGACAUGCAGGUCACCAUUGCUUUCAAUCAUUUUGGUGAAGGCCUGGUGCAAAGGAUGCCUAGGUGCAGACAUGGGUACUUCCAUGUGGUGAACAAUGACUACACUCAUUGGGAAAUGUACGCCAUUGGUGGGAGUGCAAACCCAACCAUCAACAGCCAAGGCAAUAGAUUUCUGGCAUCCAACCUAGCAGUCAGGAAAGAGGUGACAAAACACGAGGAUGCGCCGGAAAGUGAAUGGAAAAACUGGAACUGGCGGUCGGAAGGAGACUUGAUGCUGAACGGCGCCUACUUCAGGCAGUCGGGGGCCGGUGCGUCAUCCCCUUAUGCUAGGGCGUCCAGCUUGAGCGCUCGACCAUCUUCGCUUGUGGGUUCGAUGACUGCAACUGCGGGUGCGCUUGGCUGCCGGAAGGGCUCUCACUGCUGAUCACUUGAAGGAUCAUAAUGUAUUAGUUAAGCUGCAACAGUACGUUAAUUAAGAAUAACACAGUAGAGAGAGAGAGAUCAAAGGAAGAGAAGAGUGAAACCCUUAAUUCUCUGUUUUUAAUGGUUAAAUGCACAACCUCUGCCCUGUUUCUUCGCUUUUGUAAGGGCCAGAAGGGUUGACUGAAGUGUGAGUUUGAUUAUGGAUUGCUAUAUAUCUAUGCUAAGUGUCUUCUAA